AUAUCUUCAUAACCGUCGAGAGCUGAGAUGAGAAAUGACGAAAAAGGACGAUGAUGAAGAUUCCCAAUCUUCCAGACGAUUUGGAAUCGGAAAUACUCUGCAGGGUUCCGGCGAAGUCUCUAACGAAACUGAAAACUACUUGUAAAAGAUGGCACGCUUUGUUCAGAGAUCCGAGAUUCGUGAAGCAGAACUUGGGUAAAUCAGCGAGGGAAGUGAUGUUACUGAUGAAUCAUAGGGUUCACUCAAUUAGCGUCAAUCGCCAUGGAAUUCACGACGGAGUUGAUGCAUCUAUGGAGUUCUCAGGUAAACUCAUCAGGCUAAGCGAUUCGAAAGAUGUCAAAGUAUCUACAAUCUUUCAGUGCGAGGGUUUGGUAUUAUGCAUCAGCAGCACCACAAAUGGGAACAAUAGACUUGUUGUUUGGAACCCAUGUACGGGUCAAACAAGGUGUAUCAAACCUAGAACGUGUUACAGGCGUGAUGAUAGCUAUGCUCUUGGAUACGUAAACAGCAAAUUUUCUUGCCAUAGCUACAAAAUCUUGAGGCUUUGCCGUUAUUACAACGAUCAGAAACUCCGGGUUGCUGUGUUUGAAAUCUAUGAUUUUGGAUCUGAUUCUUGGAGGGUUCUUGAUGAUGAUAUGAUUUGGGGCAUAUUUUCUGCUGGCGUUUCUUUGAAUGGAGAUACUUUUUGGAUUGGUGGAGACAAAGAAACUGGUUUUUUCUUGAUGUAUUUCGAUUUCACAACAGAGAGAUUUGGGCGUUUUCCUCUUCCGUAUCAGAGUUUCGAUUAUGAAGAUAUCGCGGUUCUAUCACUUGUUAGGGAAGAAAAACUCUCCUUGUUGAAUCAGAAUCUUCAUAGAAAUUCAUCAGAGAUGAAGAUAUGGGUGACCAAUAAGUUUGAUGAGGCCAAAGACUUGUCAUGGAGCCAGUUCCUAGUAGUGGAUUUUGAUAAAUUUACGUUACCAUAUGUGAACAGCGUGAUAAGUUUCUUCUUGGACGAGGAGAGUAAAGUGGCAGUGUGUUGUUAUACAGACAUGGAAGAUGAAGAAAGGACCAAAAUCUACAUUGUUGGAGUGGAUCUUUAUAAAGAAGUCUAUAAAGAGGUUACAAAGGGAUCAAUUCUCAACUGGCCAUGUUUCGUCAGUUAUGCUCCAAAUUUGGUUCACAUUCAGAAAACCUCACCCAAAGGCAAAAAGAAAAUGAGAGAAAAGGAGGCACGGACGGGAGGCAAACUUGGCAAGAAGCCUUAACGCAAUCUGACGCGAAACUCAAAUCCAACGCAUAUCCAAAUUAUGUGGUGGAGUAAAGGAAGAUUGAAUCACUUCAACAUAUGUUAGAGAUUUACAAGGCUUACUUUGGUUAUGAGGGUAAAGCAAACACAAUUAUUUUGUAGUUCAUUUGACUUUGAGGAUCGGAUAAAUUCCCUAAUAGAUAUCAGAUUAACGCAAAAGGAAUAUAGUGAAAACACCCACAUUCACCGCAUGUGGAAUUUGCUUUUAAGGUUUCUUACAGAAUGACAGAGAUCACAAUGCUUGAAUGAA